AAACACUAAAAUUGUGUCACCAAACUAUCAAGACUGGAAAGUAAAUGUAUUUUCCAAGAAUAAAUAAGGAUAAUAAAUUACCACAAAUGCCCAUGUGAAAAGUAUGUAACAUUUCAGAUCUUUGACAUGGGGAAUAGGUGUUCUGAAAAUAUGUCAGAAAUGUGUUUGUUGUAUGUGGUCUAUUGAAUCUGUGCUAUGCUCCCCAUAAUUUUCUCAUGAGGAGAAAUGGAUGCAGGCUCUUAUGGGUUAUAACAUUUAACCUGCAAUAAGGCGAUAAAGAGUAACUUUGGAAAACCAUCACAGUUUGAGUUAUAGCCUAAAGGCUUUUUUCAAAAUAGAUAAAUAAAAAUUAAAAAUAAAAUAGAAUUAUAUAAGAAAUUGUGGGUGGACGCUAAAGUGAGGCCAAGGACAUAUGUCUGACUGUAGUCCCAGUUUUACCUUUGGUUUAUCUCUAAAUCAAUUCACUUGUUUACAGGUCUGACCUCAUUCAGCUGCACAACAACAUACUAUACUGGUCUUUAAAUGUCAAUUUCACCAUUUAUGGGGUUUGAUUCAUGAACGAUUACAGUCUUUUGUAUUUUAAAAGCUGCACAGUAUCAGUUUGGACAUACCAAUCUGGCCAUUAAAACAGAUAACUUGUAUUUCUAAACACAAGUGUUUGAUAACUCCUACUUUCAUUACAAUGCCCUGUUAGUGCUUUAGUUAUACAUGUGUUAACCAGAUUUCUCAGUAGGGGGCGCUGCUGUUACAAAAUCCACUUGUGUUACAAAACCAUUGUAAUGUGCCGUAACUGUGCUUUACAUCGUUACAGGAGGUCAUUUGCAGGUAAACUGUCCUUGUUCUAGACGGGAAAAUUCCAUUUAUCGAACGGUUCCACUCUUUCCGAUAAGGUAGUUUUUUCAUGUGCAGCCUCUCUAAGCAGGUCCGGAUGAGUGCAGUGUCGCAGCACACGUGAAACAGUGGUAACAAACACGAGAGAUUGUAAACAAGUCUGUGGAGGAGCUGAGUGGCCAUUGCCCGAGCUCACUAAUAUGAGGGUCCCCUACGUCUCCCUGGCAGUCGUUGCCAACGUCCUCUGCCUGGGUCUGAGUUAUACCCUGAGGAGCUCCGUGUCCUGGGUCGUCUCCUCAAACGAUGUGGUAGAGCCCGAGGACGCCGACCUGUCGGAGGAGGUCGCCCCGGCUUUGCUGGUGGACAGUGCGGGGCUGUGGAAGCAGGCUUACCCGUCUUCGAACGUCCUCGGAGACGGCGUGGAAAGCCCUGCAGAGCUCGUGGAGCAGGAAGACGAAAAUGUGGCGCAGCUCUCAUCUCGUCUGUUUUCGUAUCGGCUCGAUAAGGUGAAAAAGUCCAGUAGUGGCGGUCCUCCACCGCACGAAGAGACCGCCAGGACUGCCAGAUACAUAGCUCAUACAAGUGAAUGGGGACAUCUUGCCACCAUUUCAACUCAAGACAAGAUCAAAGGUCUUCCCUUUGGAAACAUCUUCUCUGUCAGUGAUGGACCACUGGACAACAGCACUGGAGUUAUCUACUUUUACGUAACUCCAAUGGAUAACACUGUAACAGACCUGAAAAAUAACCCCCAUGCCUCACUAACAUUCUCUGAGGCUGAGGGAGAAUUUUGCAGGCAAAUGGUGUAUGAUCCAGAGGAUCCGAGAUGUGCUCGACUCACAUUAACAGGAAAGAUGGUGGAAGUGGCCCCAGAAGAGCUUGCAUUUGCAAAGGAGGCAAUGUUCUCAAGGCAUCCUGUGAUGGCAAAGUGGCCCGUGGGACACAAGUGGUUCUUCAUGAAGCUGGAGUUGAUCCAGGUCUGGUUGCAGGACUGGUUCGGAGGUGUAUCACUCAUUCCACUGGAGGACUAUUUCAAAGCUACGCCUUAUUGAGAAUACCAGCUGCAUCAUAUCGGCCUACCAAUAUGACCAGUUCAGCUGUGUACCCCUUAAAGUCUCUCUUAUAAGGGGGAAGAAAUCCCAAAGCAGAAAUGUGCGCGGAAUAUUUUCAGUAAUGUUGCUUUUUGACAUCUUGAAGUUGAAUAUUUGUUACUUGGCUUGUCUCACAGUAUUAGUUCAUCAGAUUCCUGUAUCUGACGUUUGAAUGUAUUUUUCAGAGUUAAGAUAGCAGUGAUGAGAUAAUCACACCUGCCACUGAAAAUUAUUCAGCAAGUUUAAUGUAUUCUUUUAAAACUUUUAUGACUAUUUUGGGGUUUGAUUUAAAGAAAUUUGUGCAGAUUGAAAAAUAAAUUUAAGUGAGCACACAA